UACAGCUCGCCCAUCCGUGUAGUUGUUUUUCAUUCAAAUGGUAUAAAUAUAUCCUGAAGCUCGUAUUUUGCAAACAAGUUUAGUUUGUAAACAACCUGUGUCGUCAAAAGAUAUUUUUGAUCUGAGUGGACAUUUCUUACCUUGAAAUUUUCAGUAUAACUUAUAAACAUGUCUACUGCGGCGGCUUUGCGUGGUUUCUCAGCGUCUACUGACAAGAAUGUUCUAAAACAUUACAUGUCUUUGGACCAGCCCGAUGACAAGGUCAUGUGUGAAUACCUCUGGAUAGAUGGUACUGGAGAGGGAAUAAGAAGCAAGUGUCGAACACUAGACUUUGAGCCACAAAAACCGGAAGAUUGUCCGGUAUGGAACUAUGACGGUUCUAGUACAUAUCAAGCUGAAGGCUCGAACUCCGACAUGUACAUUUAUCCACGUGCAAUCUUCAGAGAUCCAUUCAGACGUGGAAAGAACAAACUCGUGCUUUGUGAGGUAUUCAAGUACAACAAUCAACCGGCAGACACAAACAACAGAAUGACCUGUGCUAAAGCUAUGGAAGCGGCGAAGGACUCCCAUCCCUGGUUUGGUAUAGAACAAGAAUAUACGCUUCUCGACUUUGAUGGCUAUCCGUUCGGAUGGCCAAAGAAUGGUUACCCAGGUCCUCAAGGUCCCUACUACUGCGGUGUGGGUGCUAACAAAGUCUACGGCCGUGAUAUUGUAGAAGCUCACUAUAGGGCUUGUCUGUACGCUGGCGUAAAGGUAGCUGGGUGUAACGCUGAAGUAAUGCCAGGGCAGUGGGAAUUUCAAGUGGGACCAUGUGAGGGCAUAGAGAUGGGUGAUCACCUAUGGAUAGGACGCUACCUGCUGUACAGAGUAGCCGAGGACUUCGGUGUUAACGCAACUUUAGAUCCGAAACCCAUGGAGGGGGAUUGGAAUGGGGCCGGGGCUCAUUGUAACUACAGUACAUUACCUAUGAGGCAGAGUGGAGGAAUUAAAGAAAUUGAAACCGCUAUUGAUAAGUUAUCGAAAAAUCACGUGAGACAUAUUCGGGCAUACGAUCCUAAAGAGGGCAAAGACAACGCGAGACGUCUCACGGGACUUCACGAGACUUCAAGUAUCCAUGACUUCUCUGCUGGAAUUGCAAACCGUGGUGCAAGUAUCCGAAUUCCCCGCCAGGUGGCUGAGGAAGGUCAUGGGUAUCUGGAGGACCGGCGUCCGUCUUCAAACUGCGAUCCUUACACUGUAACUGAAGUCAUUGUGCAGACGACAGUUUUGGAUAAAUAGAAUGAACGUUACUGAUAAACGAGUCUACCGCUAAACAAAUUAGAUGUAAAGAAGAGAUAUAGAAACUUAUAUAGAAACUUUUAUAUGAUAAUAAUAAUUAUAAUGAUAAUUCAGUUCGAGUUUGCGUAACCUUUCUUAAAGCAACAUAGCAUUUGUUAAAGCAACAUAGCCUUAAAGAAUGAUGUCUGAUUACAAAUAAAUUACGCAAAAGUC